UUAAAGUACCUCUUCCACCACAACUGAAUCCUUAAAGCAGCAUCGUGUUUAAAGCACAGGAGUAAAUGAACCGAUCCCUCUCAGCUGCCCCCACAUGGCGGCACUUUGUUUAUUAACUCCCGCCCCCCCCCCAGGGCCCGCCGCAGCCCACUCACCGUUUCCUGUCCCACCCGAGGCUCCUCACACAGACCUCACUGUGGUGCGUUCAUAGCCAGCCAGAGGAGGCAUCACCUCCCUCUGGUCAGUGGAGGGGAUCCAAUCAGCAAGGUAGCGUGGCCCACAUGCAUUGUUGGCACUUUUUAUGUCAGUGACACACGCAUGUAUCUCUCAGGAAAGAGGAAACACCUCCUUCUGGCCGGUCCUCCUCCUCCUCCUCCUCCUCCUCUGGAGGAUGUCAGGAUCCCAGUGGAGGGCUGCUCUCUCUCUCUCCGCUACAUCAGCUCCUCUGUCACAAGCGCAGAGGGGUCCAACAGACCGCUCCUCCGUCCAGACGAUGGGAUCCGAUCUCGAGAGUUGACCGAGGCUCCAAAUCUGGAUCUAAAUUCUUUCGUUUUUUCCAGAGGGGAGUUGGUUCCGUGUGCUCGCCCAGGACCACGGGUCUGACGUUGGCGUGUGAGAGAUGGAGCCCGUUAUGAGAGACAUGGAGCUGCUCAGCAACAGCAUGGCGACCUACGCCCACAUCAAAGCCAACCCAGAGACCUUCGCCCUCUACUUCAUGAUGGGCGUGUGCCUCGGCCUGCUCACGGCGCUGUGCCUCCUGGUGGCCGGCAUCGCCUGCAGGACUCGCCGCCGCCGCCACAGCGGCAGCAGGCCGCCCCCGUCGCCCGAGAGGAGGCGGCUGAAGGAGUCCAGCGAGGAGGAGGAGGAUGAAGAGGAGGAUGAAGUGGACCAGGGCGUCGCUGAGGAGGACGGGGAGGAGACGGACAUGCCGAGAGUGACGGCGGCGCCGAGGAGCGAGUCCAGCGGGACGCUGAGGAGCGUGGACGUGUUCGCGUCGGCCGAGGAGCUGGAGAAGGCGCGGCGCCUGGAGGAGAGGGAGCGCAUCGUCCGGGAGAUCUGGAGGAACGGCCAGCCGGACAUCCUGACCACGGGCACCGGGACCAUCGGACGAGUGCACUACCACUGACGGCCACCGAGCCCGCGAAGAACACACACACACACACACACACACACACACACACACACACACACACACACACACACACACACACACACACACACAGGACACACACACACACACACACGCACACACACAGGGCACACACAGCGGGUUCACCAGAGGCCUCCUACGGCUCAUGGUCAUCCCCAAUAUGAGCCUCAGACCUGAACUCACACCUGAACUCGUCAUAUCUAAUGAUCACAACCGUCUUCCCCUGGAUAUGGAAACAUGGAGGAAAUACAAAUGUAUACGACACAAAAGAAAAGAAACAAAGACCUUCCCUUCUUUUCUGAACCCUUUUUUCCCCUAUUAAUUUUCGUAGAGUUCCUAAAUAAAUAAGGUUGUUAUUAUAUAAGUAAUCAUGUGAAUAUGAUUAUGUGAUUACAUGCAAUAUAUGCACGUUGUUUAAAGCAAACACUUGGUUUAAUUAUGAAAUGUUAUUUUAUCUUAAUUGUCCAGUUUGUCCUUAGUAGGAAAAAAAAUGGGGGGGGGGGAAUAAAACUUAAAAAUUCCAUUAAUAAACUAAAAUUAAAAUAACUUGAUAAAACUAGAAUGGGCACUCGCUAGAGCGCAUACCUUCGCCGCAGCCACUUUUUUGGUACUUGGCAUGAGAAUUAUGAAUUAUGAACAUGUUGGCAUUAGUUGCAUGCCAAUUGGAUAAAAAUUGACCGUGCUAUGGUAAAGAGAAGAUUUUGACCUUUUCAUGACCUUUGACCUGAUCGAUCCCAAAAUCUAAUCAAAUGGUCCCCGGAUAAUAACCAAUCAUCCCAACAAAUUUCAUGCGAUUCGGUUUAAUACUGUUUUAGUUAUGCGAAUAACACACACAUACAAAUAAAUAAAUACACAGCGAUCAAAACAUAACCUUCCGCAGAAUGCGAAGGUAACAAGUGAGUUUAAGAGAAUAUAUCUUGGAUUAAUCCACUUAUAUUAUACAUGUUGUCUGCUUAUGUGAUGUUUCUGGAUUUUACUCACAGAUUCAAUCCUCAACAUGUUUAAUUUACAGAUCUUUUGUCACUUUGAGGAACAUUUUGAAGCAUCAUUUGUCGUCUGUAUUUAUCUAUUUGACCAAAUAAUGUGAACAAUUAAAAGUUGAAGCACUUUUCUCAAUCAAAAACAGGAUAUGUUCCUCAUUUGAGAUUAUUGAUGUAUUUAUAUGUAACUUUAUGCUUCGCGGUCGUUAGCGUCUGGAUGCUAACUGUGUAGCUGAAAGACGUCAGCUAGCUUAGCACGAACACAGGAAACAGCUGUUUAAAGGUUCAACGGUAAAUAUGAGCCGAUUUAUCUCGUCUUGAAUAAGACAAGAUAAACUUUAAUCAAGAUUUAUUUAAUAAAUAAGGCUUAAAAAAUCAUCAAAACAUGACCAUUUGUACCACUUAUAGGCUCUGAAAAGCUGUGGUGGCCAUUUUUUUUACUUCUGAAAUUAAUAAACUCUAUUUAAUAAU